AUGAGCUGCCAACCCUUUACUUCGGCCGACACCUUUCUACCCCUGAAUUCUGAGGCUUCUGCAGCCCUGCCUCUGAUCAUGCACCCCAGCGCGGCCGAGUGCCUCCCAGGCUCCAACCACGCCACCAACGUGGUGUCCACAGUCCCGUCUAUUUUGUCUUUGAUCCAAACUCCUAAAUGUUUGCAUGCAUAUUUCUUGGUGACAAUGGGAAACACAGCAACAGGACUUCAUUAUUCUGUUCCUUCCUGUCAUUAUGGAAACCAGCCAUCUACCUAUGGAGUUAUGGCAGGUGGCUUGACCCCGUGUCUUUACAAGUUCCCGGAGCACGGCCUGGGCCCCGGCUUCCCCGCCGUGCACCAGCCGCUCCUCGCCGAGGGCCCGGCGGUCGCUGACUUCAAGCAGGAGCUCAGGCGGAGGAGCAAGCUGGUUGAAGAGCCCAUAGACACGGAGUCUCCGGAAAUCCGAGAGCUCGAGAAGUUCGCCCAUGAAUUCAAAGUGCGAAGGAUUAAGCUAGGAUACACCCAAACCAACGUGGGGGAAGCCCUGGCAGCUGUGCAUGGCUCUGAAUUCAGUCAAACGACUAUCUGCCGAUUUGAAAACCUGCAGCUCAGCUUUAAAAAUGCAUGCAAACUAAAAGCAAUCUUAUCUAAAUGGCUGGAGGAAGCUGAGCAAGUGGGAGCUUUAUACAAUGAAAAAGUGGGAGCAAAUGAAAGAAAAAGGAAGCGAAGAACAACUAUAAGUAUUGCUGCUAAGGAUGCUCUGGAGAGACACUUUGGAGAACAGAAUAAACCUUCCUCUCAAGAGAUCAUGCGAAUGGCUGAAGAACUGAAUCUUGAAAAAGAAGUAGUAAGAGUUUGGUUUUGCAAUCGAAGGCAGAGAGAAAAACGGGUGAAAACAAGUCUGAAUCAGAGUUUAUUUACUAUUUCUAAGGAGCAUCUUGAAUGCAGAUAA